AUGUCGAGCAACGGUGUCAAUGGCGGAGCCGGCCCAGCUGGCAGAGAAGAAGUCAACACAAACAUUGUCUCCCUCACACGCUUCCUCACUGAGGAGCAGAGCAAAGUAAAGGAAGCUACUGGUGAUUUCACUCUGUUAUGUCACGCUCUUCAAUUCGCCUUCAAAUCCAUUGCAUACUACAUUCGACGAGCCAGCCUAAUCAAUUUGAACGGUCUUGCCGGCUCAUCAAAUACUACUGGCGAUGAUCAAAAGAAGCUCGACGUCAUUGGCAAUGACCUCUUCAUCGCCGCCAUGCGCGGCUCAGGCAAAUGCCGAAUGCUUGUGUCUGAGGAAGAAGAGAAGCUCAUCACCUUUUUUGACUCGUCGCCCAACGCCCGCUAUGCCGUAGCCUGCGACCCCAUUGACGGCAGCAGCAACAUUGACGCCGGAGUCUCAGUUGGUACCAUUUUCAGCAUCAUUAAGCUGGCAGACAACGCCAAGGGUUCUGCUGAAGACCUUCUUAUGCCUGGCACGGAGCUCGUCGCUUCGGGAUUCACCAUGUACGGUGCCAGUGCACAAUUGGUUAUCACCAUGAAAGGCGGCAGCGUCAACGGCUUUACCCUUGACACUUCGCUUGGCGAGUUCAUUCUGACCCACCCUGACAUGCGCAUCCCGCGCACCCGGUCCAUCUACUCGGUCAACGAAGGUAACUCAAAGUACUGGGAGGAGCCCGUCAAGGAGUACAUUGAAAGCCUCAAGUACCCCAAGGACGGCGGCAAGCCUUACUCUGCCAGAUAUAUUGGUAGCAUGGUUGCUGACGCCUACCGAACGUUGCUGUACGGAGGAAUCUUCGCUUACCCUGCAGACAAAAAGACUGUCAAGGGUAAAUUGCGAAUCUUGUACGAAUGUGCGCCCAUGGCCAUGGUUUUUGAAAAUGCCGGUGGCAAAGCGGUCAACUCCAAGAUGCAGCGCAUGCUCGAGGUUGUUCCUGAGCACAUUCACGACCGAUCGGGCAUUUUCCUCGGCAGCGCCGACGAAGUUCAAAAGGUCAUUGACAUCCACAAGAAGCACGGUAUUGUCGGCGGAAAGGAGUAA